AUGCGCAAGUAUGGCUCCAAGCGGGAGAAUGCCCUGGCUCUUGUGCAAUCAAGGCAGAAAGUCAAGCCCAGUACUAAUUUUACUCAGCAACUUCAGGCAAUCAGACUGCGACAAGCUAAUCCCAAAAUCGAUUGCUACGCAGGUGGCCAUCUAAAACCCGAUCCAUACUAUCAAAUUGGCAUAUUCGCAGCCGAGCACGGAGUCGAGCUUGCAGAAGAAGUGGCGGAUUUUGAGAUGCAACACCUUUUCGAUCUUCAGUCGUUUACUGAAUGUGAACAGAUCGAAUGCGAUCUGGAUCUGAAUAGAGUCAUGGACGUUCAAUUCGAUGACCAGCACUGCGCGAACACCAAGGCUCGAUACGACUUCCUCUUGUCCCACGGGGCCAAAAGAGUGAGAGAAGUUGACUUUUACCCACAGGAGUCAGCAGAGGAGGUUUCCGGUGUGAAAGGAGCUAGGGGAUGUUUCAGUUAUCGUACGGGACGGAUCUGGCCGUAUAAACUCGUGAUGCAGCUCUUGAAAGGAGCAAUCUCUGCUGGCGCAAAUCUGCAGACUCAUACACCUGUGCAUCGAGUUUCUGACUCUCCCGAUGCUGAUGGACGGUGGACAGUUACUACAAGCCGAGGGUCUAUCAGAGCCAAAUGGGUUGUUUUCGCCAGUAACGCAUACACCUCUGCCAUUGCACCUGAAUACGCAAACCAGAUUGUCCCAGUGAGAGGCGUCUGUAGUCGCAUUGUGGUUCCCAACCCGCCCAAAAAGCCGAUGGAGAGUUCGUACACAUUUCGCUUCAACGCGUGGGAUUAUGACUACAUGAUUCCCCGGCCGGAUGGCAGCAUUAUCGUGGGAGGAGCGAAAUCCACAUUCUACCAUAAUCGCAACGACUGGUACAACAACGCGGAUGACAGUAAGUUGAUUGACUCAGCUGUCCGAUACUUUGACAACUACAUGCAACGGCACUUCCAAGGUUGGGAGGAUUCGGGGGCUUAUACGGACCGCGUCUGGACAGGAAUUAUGGGGUAUACAACCGAUACCCUCCCCCACAUCGGGCACGUCCCCCGCAAACCUGGGCAGAUGAUAAUAGCAGGAUUUAAUGGCCAUGGGAUGCCUCAGAUUUUCCUCUCCGCAAAAGGGAUCGCAGCGAUGAUUGUCGAUGGAGCUCCGUACGAGGAGACGGGAUUGCCACACUUGUUCAAAACCACAGCCGCACGCUUGGAGAGGCAGAAAAAUAACGUCCUCACGCACGAGAAUGUGCCAAGGGAGUGA